CCAAAGCGUGGCGUGACACCAGGCACAAAACAGAUAAAAACCUGGCCUGACUGGGUGUGAUGAUAGUAACCUCUGUGAGUCGCGGAAAAAGAGAUGUCAGGACACUUUUAUACUUAUGGCUGGUUUUUUUCGAUUUUGUGAAAUUUACUGAGAAUAUAGAACUGCCGGCCAUUUAGUGUUUUGAAAACCUUGACCGGCAGUCGAGCUGAAAAGUGUCACAAAACAUGGUUCAGCGUAAACCAACCAUUAGACUUGACUAUAAAGCAUUUCAGGAUCGCUUGACUUUUCUAAAUCGACGUAUGAUAGUUAACAUUAGCUGGAAUCUUUCGAUUUUGUGAAAUUUACUAAGAAUAUAGAACUGCCGGCCAUUUAGUGUUUUGAAAACCUUGACCGGUUACCGGCCAUAUAGCCACAGCGAAUGUUAUAACCCACUGGCCCCGACUUUUGUUUAUUAUAAGCUCAAAUCUUCGGACUGAAAAUCGUUCAUGGGCAUGCUAAUUCGUGCUAAUGCUGUGGCUGUUUGGUUAUAAGGCAUACUAUGGAAGACAAAUGAGUCACGAAUUACGAACAGGUUUUCAGUGUAAGGGCUCGUGUAAGGGCCCUUACACUUACAAGCUGACACUCACACAUAAUAGGAGCCUGGGCCCAAGUAUUCGGAGAGAGUGAGAGCUGAUCAUAAAAUGUCUGACUUAAUAGUUUCUCGAUAAACAUUACUACUUUUCACCCUGUUGCAACGUUAGUUUAAAGUGUGGUUAACGUGCUUGACGGUACUCUUAACAGGAGUAAGUUAAGUCUGCCGGUUUUUUCGAUGUUUCCGUGUAUAAGUCGUUUCGAUUCGUAAACAAGAAAAACAUAUCAUAUCACAUUGGGUGAGUGGAUUAUUGUUAUUAUUAAUCCUCUUUCCAUAUAAAGCCAAACCGUGUUGAACGAUGAGUGAACACAAUAUUUUUUUGGUUAUUGAACAAGAUGCAAAUAAGUGGCCGGGGAUUCUGAAGUUUACCCAAGCCAACUGCACGAAAUUCUGAAACAAAUAGUCGAAGAACUGCAUCAGGACUAUCAGGGAAGUUUUAUUGACGAAAUGACUGUUAAAUGGUUAUCACAGACACCUUAGGCCUGGUUCAGACGCCGUACUUUUCAUGUGCCGAACCUAACUGAAUAAGUUCGACUUUGGAGCGACACUGGCGCGACAUCUGAUUCAGACGGCGUACCGUGUGUCGAACCUAAGUUAAGUUCGACAAAAGUUCGACAGACUCUGUCGAACUUAACGCUCUUGCCGCACCAAACUAAAACUGCCGUGCCAAAUUGAUUCAGACGCCGCUCUUUUGCCGUACUUAAUUCAUCAGUUAGGUUCGGCACAUGAGUGGAGCGGCGUCUCAACCAGGCCUAACCCACCCAGAAUACCUGUCUUCUACACCCUCACAAAGAUUCAUAAGCCAAAUCCUGUUGGCCGACCUAUAGUGGCAGGAAACGACGGACCCACCGAACGAAUAUCAUCAUUCGUUGAUAGCCUACUUCAGUCUAUAGCUAAGUCACAAAAGUCCUAUCUUCAGGACACAACUGACUUUGUUAACUUCAUAGAAAGGAGAAACCUCCCAGAGGACGUUUUCCUAGUCUCCUUAGACGUCGCUAGCCUAAUAUUUUUAAGACCCAAAAUUUACAUGUAAAAGGUUAUAAGUUAAACAGGAUUUCGUUACAUUAAUUUAGGGGACCGACCCUCGCUCCAUCUAAACAAAUCCAGUAAGUUCAACAGCAAAGUGUCUCCAUCUUACACAAACAUAGGCACGUUAAACGUGCAUGAGCUAUUUUGAAUGCUUCAGUGUAACUAUAAUACUUCGGUGUAACCUUACCAAGAGUGAUGAAUCUACCUUUUUCAUCCUAAAUGUAGAUUUGGUUUUUGUGCGAAAUUGGGUAUUGCGCUACAUAAAUGAAAACGCGAAACGCUCAGCUGAGUCGAUCCUCAACCUAUAUAUUCACUUUCCUCUGUCUUUCCCUGUUACAUCUGGUGCAAGUUAAACAAAUUGUUGAAGUAAAAUAAAUUUCUACUCACCAAACGUUGAUUAGAAGGAAAACUCUAAGGUUUCCGCGGAGUUUCUUAAGCCAAAAUGUGACUCAUCGAAUACUGAAUAGUUACGAAAUACCAGGAUUUUUAUCAUUGUGGUAGAUGGUUGCAUCGUCAUAAUUCACGAGGUUUUCACGUGCGAUUCUACUCAGUGAAACAGUCUUUAACUCCGACAACUUAUUUCUUCAUGUUUUAAAAGCUAUUGCUUCUUAAAAGACAAGAGCCUUUUUUAAGGCAUUGGUUACAAAACGAAACAGGUCUUCAUACGUUCAAGUUACUAUUUAUCAUUGUGAAAAGCCAAUCUGCAUGAGAUGUACAGUCACACAGCUGGCACGUGAAAGUGUUGGACUUUGCCCCCUUUCGUGGUUCGUACGUGAGGGAAUUCGAGUUAUCACACAGUAAUCUAGUAAACAGAAUUAUAAAAAUAACUCAUGCACACAAUUUGCAUGUGAAGAUGUUGGUCUUUGGCCCUUUUACAAUUCGUACGCAAAAAAAAGGCAAAUUGUUUCACUACAAAAUUUUCUCAAGCGAUUUUAAGAAAUCACCUCGGCUUUAUUACAACACCUGCAAUUAAAUUAUGUUUCAUGCAACGUCAAGGUUGAUAGCCUAACAUUUAUUAACUACCAAGAAAAUUAUCAAACUGCCGAAAUAUAUUUCUACUUGUAUCAUGUUACUCCACUCAAUACAACAGUAUCUAAUUUUGUGUCAACUAGCUUCUUCCACUUUUAUUCCCUAACGCUACUGUUUCUACUUAAGUUACUCAUCUUUACUAAAUAAAAUAGGUUUCAGAAACUAUAAUACUUAGUAUGCAGGAAGGAUGUAUUAUGUUGUUCACUUAUUAUUCUUUUUUUUUUUGGUUUGCCAGAACGAAAAAGGUCUGUUGAACUUUGUAAGCGAGAGAAUGAUAUUUUUAAAGCUUGUUUACAGGAUUAACAAAACUCGGUACAGCUUUCACAAAAAUAAGCUGCCUUUUUAAACUUCUAAAACCACAUUUUAUAGGGCGCAUACUUUCGAAUUAAAGUCUAUAUCUAAAUAUCAAUUAUUGCUUCAUUGGAAGAGCUUUGAAAAUAUAUGAUCUUUUAUACUCUACCCAGUUGUAGCGGGUGAAACAGAACUCAUACUGACGUGCGUUGUACCGAUAGCCGAAUUAGGUCAGAAAUGCCUUGAAGCAGCAUCCAUACUAAAAUAUGAACCCUUAAACAGCUGCAUCACUGUACAGAGCGUUUGAAUCAUGAAGAUAUUUAAUGUAAUUCUUCCAAACACCUGUAGCCGUAAUAAAAGACGAAAAAAUUGUGAAGAAUCAAGAUGGCGGUCUCAAAGUGCCCUUGUUCGACCUUUACCAAUGUCAUGUUUAAGUAGAUGCUAAGAUCUCAUUGGUUCCUAAGCAUCAACUAAUAGUACCUUCAACCUUAUUGGCUCUUGCAACAAACAUCCGAACAUACAAAGUUACAAAGCCACAAAGAUACAUACGCUCACACCACUGACAUAUGAGCUAUUUUUUCAAAAUAGCUCAAUAAUAUCCCUCCAUACUGAAACUGUAACCUUCGAGUCGAGAGUUCAACAUCAAAAUACUAAUGUUACGUAUCAACAUGCAACUUCGGCAAUCAACGUUGGUAUUGACCGUAAAGACGAUUAUUAGACCAUUUUACAGAUACGGCGGCCAUAUUGAAUUAAUUUUAUUUAAGGAGUAUUAUGGGAUGCUCAGGGGGCAUGAGCACAUUUCGUUUGUAUUUUCGGGCGCUUUUCGGGACAUUUUUUCCUAAAGUUUUCUUAGAAUAAGAUUGUAAUGGGAAAAAAGAUCCUUGUGCCGUGUUUGGAUGCAAUAAUGAUCGCCUUUUUCUAUGCUAGUUUAGUAUUCGAAGUUUAGUAUCCAAACACGGCACAAGGAUCUUUUUUCCCAUUACAAUCUUAUUCUAAGAAAACUUUACGAAAAAAUGGCCCGAAAACGGCUCGAAAAUACAAACGAAAUGUGCUCAUGCCCCCUGAGCAUCCUAUAAUACUCCUUAAAUCGAAUUAAUUCAAUAUGGCCCCCGUAUCGGUAAAAAGGUCUGUUAGACAAGGAACGGGGAAUCGGCGAAUGGAAAUGGGGAACGGGGAACAAGGAACAAGGAACGGGGAAUCUUUAAAAGCGGGAAUCUUUAAAACGGGGAAUCUUUAAAAGCGGGAAUCUUUAAAACGGGGAAUCUUUAAAAUGGGGAAUCUUUAAAAGCAGAAUCUUUACAACGGGGAAUGUUUAAAAGCGGGAAUCUUUAAAACGGGGAAUCUUUAAAAGCGGGAAUCUUUAAAAUGGGCAAUCUUUAAAAUGGGGAAUCUUUAAAAGCGGGAAUCUUUAAAACGGGGAAUCUUUAAAAGCGGGAAUCUUUAAAAUGGGGAAUCUUUAAAAGCGGGAAUCUUUAAAAUGGGGAAUCUUUAAAAGCGGGAAUCUUUAAAACGGGGAAUCUUUAAAAGCGGGAAUCUUGAAAACGGGGAGUCUUUAAAAGCGGGAAUCUUUAAAAUGGGGAAUCUUUAAAAGCGGGAAUCUUUAAAAUGGGGUACAGUGCCCAGGCUGGCCCGGCUACUUCGGUGAGCAUAUUCUCGGCCUAGUUUGGAUUACAUCCUUCGAGUUUGUCAAAGUCUGCGGGAUUCGGUUUUCUAUCUGGGAAAGCUUCAUUGGUUUCUAUAUCUGCUGCUAUCCUAUUACUACGAUCCUGGCACGUUUAUUUUCUGUGGGAGUUCGAAUUUCGUGAAAAACUUGUGUUGAAUGAGAGCAUGGCGGCGAAGAUGGCAUCUUCGUGUCUCCUACCUUGUAUAUUAUUAUUGUAUAUAGAGUGAAUUUGAACAGAUUAUCACGAAACUUCGUUGGAGCAUUAAGGGCAACAACAACUAACUGCAGAGUAAGUUUCAUUGAUCUUUAUUUGGUAUUUCGUAGAAAUUUUAGGAUCGUAUUUUUACCCCAUUCAAACACUGGAACCUAGCCUGUGAACAGCCCUUCCCUUUCCUCGCUAUUUUUUUCCGCAAACAGAGAGCCCGUUCACAGGCUAACUGGAACCGUACCGUGGUACUACAGUCGACUCCCGAUAACUCGAACCUUCAAGGGAAAUCGAAAAAAGUUCGAGUUAUCGGGAGUUCGAGUUAUCGAGAGUUUGAAGCAAACAACCGGAAGUAAGGAAAUAAGCAAAUGGAUGGGAAGGAAAGGCAAUUAAGGGCAUUAAGCAACAAAGUAUACAGGAAUGGGCACUGAAUUUGAACUGGAGUGACAAAAAGGUAAAGACAAAGAAUUUACUAGGUUGUUUUGAAAUAUUUCGGACUUUCGAAAUAUUUCAAUGUUUCGGACUUCAGAACACGGUCUUUUCCCGACUUGUCACGCUCUUAUAACAUGGUUAGAGUUAUCGAGGGUAAAAUUGUAUAGAAAUGAGCUGAAGGGAAACAAAAAUUACUUCGAGUUAGCGAGAGGUUCGAGUUAUCGAGGGUUCGAGUUACUGAGGGUAAAAUUACAGUAAAAUUGUAAGAAGGAAAUCCAGGGGAAAUCGACCUUGGUUCGAGUUAGCGCGAGGUUCCAGUUAGCGAGGGUUCGAGUUAUCGGGAGUCAACUGUAUCACAGAGCCUGGGUCACCUGUGUUAAAACCAAUGAAAAGGUCAAGAGCAGAAUUGGGUGAAAGAGUUGAGUCUCUCAUAAAUAGUGCUCUAUGAUAAUAAUUAUUCUGCAUGCAGAGUUGCGGACACUUUAUUAUCCACUGAAGAGAUAAGUUCAUAUUUACAUAUACAUCCAUACUGCACAGAAACUUUAUAAUUUUCCUGGUUUAUUGAAAGCUCGAUAGUAGGCAGCCAUAAGGCUGAUGUGGACUGGACCUUAAUAAUUUAACCGCUUGGUGUCAUGUAAUUAUGUUGUGCUUUAAUUUCAUCUUUGGUUUAAUGUUAAUUUUCUUUGUUUUAAACACAUUAUCACAUAUAUGCAAUUUUUCACCAUAUCAUAAAAAUAAAAAAGUUGAAACAGUGAACCAUAAGAUAUGCACCAGACCUACAAUAAUAUUUAAUUUGCAUCCAGUCAGCUUCUCUUGGCCCUUUGAUGUAGACUAAUAAUUUUAUGUGAUAUCAUUAAGCAGAAUGUAAAGAGAGUUUUAACCAUGCAACUAUAUAUAAGAUCUGCUUCAUGACAAUCCAAUAUUUUAUACAAGUACAAUACAGUACAUAAUUUUUUGCACUGGUUCAUUCAUACUUACACUUUGUACAAUAUGCGUGUAUGCAUACCUUUUCAGAGUAUUUCCCUUUUUAGUUGCCAAAGCAUUAUUAUUCAAAUGCAUAUUCGUGGGCAAAUGGCGGACAAAUGGUUAAAAAAAAGCAAUAAAUAUGAAAACUGAAAACCACUGAUUCUACAAACAAUAGAGGUUAAAUUCCAAAUGCCCACAUCAAGGUUGUUUUAUCAUCUUAUAUAAGAAUUAACUUAACACGUGUUUCUUUCAGAUGAGUCAGCAUUUUAUAAAUGCCCUGAUCGACUACGUCUUCCUUUGAUAUUCUACUUUGGUCACACAGCAGCUGUGUAUAUUAAUAAGCUUGUUCUUGGUGGCCUCUUAAAGGUAUACAUACCUUUUCCUAAAAACACACGUACAUUUAUACAGUUGUAGAUAAACCAUGCUGCCUCUAGCCUGCGAGCAAGCUCUCCUAUUUGGGCAAGCGAAGCGAGCCUCGCGAGAACGCGCGAGCGAGGGGCUGAGGAAAGGAGAGCUUUUAUUGCAACGAUCUCUCAUAAAUUCUCAUUUCCACCCCGGAAACCCCAGGACUCCGCAAAGCGUGAAAAUUGUCACCGCAAACGUGCCGCAGAUUAGAAAAGUGACAACCGCCUGUCAAGUAAGUUUAGACAACCGAGGGCGCAUAGAACAAUUUAUUUGUAAAUCGCUUUCGCAACAGCAUCAAAGCAAUGUUUUUAAUUACUGAUAUGUUUUUUUUUUCCAUGGGGACAUUGAACUUCAACGUGUCCGCUCUGAUAAGAACUCACUACUUUGAUUCUCGUUUCGUUUCCUUGUGAAAAGUCGUCCAAACUACACAGUAUAGUAGAAGACUACUCUCCAUCGCAAUCACUAACAAAAACAUCUUAUAUUUGUCUGUCUGGACCUGGAGAAUAGCGUUUUCCUGCACUUGGUUCUCUUUUCCUUCCACAAGAACUACAAACUCGGUCCGACUAUCCUCGGCUCGUAAUAUUCUCUUUGCGAGAAUUACAUCAAAUGAGCCCGUCUGCUUUGAGGGCUGAAACAAGUCUGAUCCCCCUGAGAACCAAAUUUGACACACAGCGGUUGCCAGCUUGGCCGGUUAUCAAUCAACUUUGAUUUCCGGAAGGUCAUUUUUCAGUCAAUGGUAUUUCCCUUCGUCUGAGCAAAGUACAAAUGAAAUUUUAUGAGAGAUCGUUGCAAGCUCUCCUUUCCUCUGCCCCUCGCGGCUUGGCCGCUCGCUCGCGCAUUUUUGUGAGACUCGCUUCACUCGCCCAAAUAGGAGAGCUUGCUCGCAUUCUAUGCUGCCUCAAGAGAGUGAAAAAGAAAAUAAAGGCAAUCUGCACAGUGCUCAUCAGUUGUACAGUGUGGAACUUCGGAUAUGAACUUAAAUAUUACAGAUGAACCAUUUUAAAGCAGGUGUCCAGAUUACCAAGGGGUUGGUGCAGAGAUGGGGGAAGGGGUCAUGAUUUUCAAAAGAUUGCAAAUUUGAGUGCUUUAACUGGAAAAAAACAGAAUAUUUAGCAGUUAUUGAACGAGGCUGAGUAGGAUGUGAAGAAUUAUGCAGAUCGAGGAGGAUGUUAUGACAACAUCAUCCCAUAUUUAACAUUUUUCUAAGUUUUCAACAUGCUUACCUUGUAGACUUUCUUCAAAACUUUGGCCUAUUUUGUUGGCACGGUUUCAGGAUAUAAACAGAUGCAGAUACUUCUUAAAAAGUACAUAAAAUUCAUUGAGCAAUAUUGUUUUGGCAUUUUUUCCACUCUGAGUUUAAGUCACAAGUUCAGCUAUUUUGUCUUCGAAUAGCUGCAGUGAAAGCCAUUUUUUUAGUUCAUAUUUACUCAAGCAACCUCGUUUCCAAUCAAUGGUAUAUUGCUUGCAUCUUCCAAAUAUGGUGAGCACCGGCGUUUGUUAUGAAGAAUUAGCCGGGUGAUUGGAGCCCAUCAGAAACAGCUCAAUAUUUUAACUGAACAAUAAUUAUUCAGAAUAUUAAUUUACUUAUUUAAAGUUGAAUGUCUACGUCAGGGAAGAUUCUGUCGUUAUUGGCUGCCCUAGACUCAGUGGGGAACUCGACAGUAUUGUUCAUGUACAUUGAACAUGGCCACACUAAUGAAUUAUAAUUUAAAAUUAAUAUUAUAGCUCAUGUUAUGAAUUAACCUUUAUUUUAAUAUGCUUUGUCUUUAGGAGAGGAUUAAUUUUGAGUAUGAGACCUUGUUUGAGACAGGUGUUGAUGAGAUGUCAUGGGAUGACACUGUGAGUGAUUUACUUGAAUUGUUUUCCUUUUUUAGAUAUCUAAAUGUUAACAAAUAAACUGUUUACUUCAUGUUAUUUGAUUUUCAUUUACAUUAUAUUCAAUGCAAUUUUAUUUUGCCAGUAUUUUUCAAAAAUAAACAUGCUUCUGACAUAUCAAUAUCUCAUUUUGUUUAUCUUUGUUGUGCUUCUGUGCUCAUCAAGCAUGUCUGCAGAUCCCUCUAUUAUUUUGAUCUCUCAUUGUACAAGUUUGCAGGAGAAUUACAGAAUGGGAGGAAGUUUUGUAUGGCCAACUGUUGCUGAAGUUGCAGAAUACCGCAAGAAGGUGCGCAAAGCCAUCUUGGAUGUUAUAGAUAACACUCCACUGGAGCUGCCUGUAACUCAGGAAAGCAAAUGGGUAAGAUGAACAAAAACAUACAUGAUUUAACAGUGAACUCUAAACCAUUGCUGAGAGGUUUGGAGGUUUGCAGAGAAUUCAUGACAGGUUACAGUUGGGAAAUGUACUCAUUAUUACGCGGUGGCACGAAGGUGAAUUUUAUUUUUGAGUGGACGUGAAAGCAAUAUUUUACAAACAAGCAGAGUGAGUGUGUAUUGUUUUUCACCACGAGAAAAUAAAAUUCGUAUCUUCAAGCCACUGGGUAAUUUUCUUUUUAUUUAAUAAUGUAUACAGAAGUGUUUCCCAUUUUUCAUUCUUUGACUCCCAGCACAAACUUUAUCAUGAACUGCUGUUGUUCGGUGGCAGGAAUUUCUCGAAGUUAUCCCCUAUUGUUUUCAUUUGUGAGGAACUCGUUGAAUAAUAUAAUUUUAAGUCAUACAAAGUUUUCUUCUUUGUAUUAACAUUCUCCUGCUCCUCAGAGAAAGAUUUUAUGUCAGCUUCAGAUAACUUCACGCAUCUAUCGCUCGUCAUUUUUCUCUUAGCAUGUGAUAAACAGUGCACAAACAACAGUUUGAGCAGGAAUUGACGUCAUCAAUAUCACUCACUGGUGAGGAUAUGGAAAAAUAUGCUACUCAAGGCUUGGAUGUAGUUUUGAAUGAACUUUACGAGUGGUCUGUUUUCUGCAAUUACUCCGAUCCCACUCCCAAUCCAGAAAACCAAUACCAAUACGUGCAGCCCAAGGGGUCAUUAUUUUUAGAUCAGGGUAUACUUUUUUGACACAUAGAACAGUUCGGGAGUAUGCCAGUUUUGGAAGAAGGGAUGACGUCAUGAUUCCAUUGUUCUGCUAAAAAUACGCAAAAAUAAGAAAAAAUAAUCGCCAAAAACAAGGGAGCUUUUUUCAAAGCCUGUUCCAGGUCCACUCGUUCAAUAUCCGGGACUUCCGAGCUAGCAGUGCUGAUGGAGAAGCCUUUUCCUUGCUUUUUUGAAUGUCAAGAGCAGUUUCGUGCCACAUUGCGGUAGUAAAAUCGACAGUUAUCAAAGAGCGUUCGAAGACGUCGCCGCCAUCUUGACGGCCAUCGAAUGUAAGUACAUGUCUUUAUGUUUAGUUUUCAGUAUCUUGCCGAAUUUUACGAAAUCAAGACUAAUUUUCCUCAAAACUACAACGUGUAAGGUGUGUUCAGGCAAAGUUUCAUCGAUGGUAACAACCUAGUAAAAAUGGUAACCACACAUUGAAAAUUGCCAACGGACAGGAAGGGUUACUAUAUUGAUGGUUAUGCCUUAGUCUGUCUAUGUAUUUUUAGUUAUAAGCGAUCAAGUCUGUUUUUGGUUAUGUUCACCGGCAAUGUAUGCGACUCUGAUCUAGAAAUCACGUCAUCGAUCCAGAUCAUGUGUGUGGAAUGAGUUUUUAAUCAGUGUGAGUUGGUUCUUAUAUUGAUUCCUUUUAUUUUGGUCAGGAUGUCCGUCCAAAAUGCAGACCAACAUCUGGACAUAUUACAAACAUGUUGUCGCGUUUGUGCCAAAAAGCUGGGAAAAGGAAGGAGGAAGACAAAUGUUAAAUAUCUUCAGAACGACAUAUUUGCGCUCUGAGGGCAAAAUGUUGCUUUAGAUUCGCCUCAUGUUACUCUGUAAUAAAAAAAUUUAAUGUCCAAAUUCAACCCUACCUCAGUAAAAUCAAACAUGUGUUUUUGUUUAAUUCUUUGUAGUGUGGUCACAGGCUUACCUACCACCACAAAAGCCCCUCCUCCCUCUCAAAAAUGGGUAAGAGGGAAACAGGUUGGAGGGGGGGCUUAUAUACCUUGUGAGUGGAAGCUCACACUCAAUGACGAUUCAACCAUAGAAGAGACUCUGGCUCUUAUUCAAGGGGCUUUAAAGGAGAUAGAUGAGGAAGGAGUCAUGGAAGUGGAGGCUUGUGAAGAUUUUCUCCACAUAAUGUUCAAUCCCUUGCGUCAAUCUGAAACAGGAAAAAUGCCACACUCUCCCCCAUCAAUGCCUUUGCAUGAGCAAUAAGCCCACAUUUUAUGUCAUAAUAUUGAAUAUGUUUGGAUUUGAAUAAAUCCUAAAUUAUUGAGAUUCUCUCGAUGAAAAAGCAUCUAUAUUAAUGUAUCGUCUUCAACAAAUCAUCCUCCCUAAUAAAUAAUACACGAGAGACAUCUCACAAGAUAACUAUUGAAAACCUAUGUCAGCUGCUACUGUCUUCAUUAUAUCAAUUAAGCUUUGGUUUUUGGUUUUCAUGUCCAAGAAAGUGAGAUAUAAGAGUGUGUAUAAUAUGCAAGCCAGCGAGCCAAUGGCAGCGAGUCAUGCAGGUCAGAUACGACUCAUUGAAAACAAUACAUAAAAAUCAAAAACAGUAAUCUGGUAAUACCAAAAGAAUUAACUGAAAGCUAACCAUGUAACCCUAACCCCAACCUAAACCGUAAUCUGUAAAAUUUGCAGUUUUUACUUGUUUUUACUUUAUUUUUGCUGAUGGUGUGCAUGACUUGCAUAGCUCCCUUGUUCAUAGUUUAUGUCAGGACCAGAAAUACAAUGUUUAUUUACAAAAAACAAAAUGUAACAAUAAAAUUAAUAAAAAAUGAUCAGGGAUGAUAAGCAAGAUUUUCACUUUGUGGGUUUUCAAGAAGAAAACGCGGACACAAUACCCUCAGAAAUCCUUGUAAACCUGUUGUAUACCUGGACGGAACCGCUUCAGGACAUACACCAACAGAACAUCAUAUUCGAAAAAAACAGAUAUUUUACUCACAAAUGACUCGCUUGCACCAAAACAAUAACCUGAAUUACAGCCGUCUUCUCCGGCCACUCACUCACUCCCAGAGAGAGAAACAGAAGCAAUGGGAAAAAUUACAGUAAAAGUUACUCUUUGUAAACAUAAGGAAAUAAAUUAUAGAACAACUCACUUUUUUAGUUGUUUCCAAAGCAUUCUUUUUUCUUAUAAUAUAAAAAAUUAAUGAAAGAAAUAGGCACAAACUUGUUAGCGUGCUUACCUAUUUUCGAUGUACUGAUUACAUACGCAGUGAAUACGAAGUGCCUACAAAGCGCGCAAUAAGCGAAGAACUAUAGCGCAAGAAUGGUUACUCCUUGUCCUCAAGGUACUGUCCAAUUCAUAGUAAGGAGAAGACAAAUAAAAGGCUCGAUGAAACAAGAAUAAACGAGAAUUUCUGUCAAUACUCUUUCCUCUGCCUUGUCCGCCAUUUUGUAUGUUUUGAAAAUGGCCAUCGCCAUGGUGAUCAUGUUAUGGUUGGUGACGUAGACUAUUGUUUUCGCUUCUUCUGGCAUACUCCCGAACUGUAGAAUGUGGUUUAUAAACAAUAACACACAGAAGCCUUUGAGUGAGAUCUGGAGCUUUGGAACAGUUUACUGAAAAUGGACCCAUUUCUAGACUGGAAAAUCUGCUGUUUGAAUGCAAUUAUUUUUUGAAAACAUAGUCCUAAUUGACCUGGGUGUUUCAUACAUGUAAACACCUGACUCAGCUCUGGCCCUCUUGGGGUAAGAGCUGAAAUCCCACCACACAUAAAUUAUGGUACAUAAGGAUCUGAAACAUUGGUAAGGUCACUGAGAACAAUGGUAAUAUGAAGGUCAAGUGACCAAGGUUUUAGCCAGAAGUGUGCAGCCACCCUAUGGAUGCCCAUUUUUGGAAGAAAUGCAAGGAGAAUUCACUUAAUCUGUUAUAAUUUUAUGAGAAAACAUGCUUCUCGAAGGCCAGUUUUCCAUGUCUGGCUAAAAGCCUGAUUGUGACCUGUAACGUAUUCGCUAAGACGGAUGACGGAACACCAGAGCACUCAAACACAACGUUUUAAUCUUGUAAGCCGAGUGUACAUCAACAAGCGAAGAGCGCGCAAAACAUGCCGGAUCCCGGAUGUAAACUAAACUGUAUAAAUUAACUUAACAUGCAUAAAUUAACAUCGUUACAUCUCCCUUCGUUAUUCGAAAGACGAAAGAGUAGAGAAAGAAAAACGUGAAUUGUUUCCUAUAAUGAUUGUUCGAAGAACAUAAAGGACAUAGAAAAAGUGUCAGCAUGCAUAGUCACUGAGGUAUGCUGGUCUUCGUAGGACUCUUCCCCGGGAGCUGCAUCUUUCAGGACUUGGUAUGUCAUCAGGUGGAGGGCCUGGUGCUGCUUGUGGCUUGGCCUUCUCUUGGGGCAUUGAUUCAGCUACUGGUGGUACCUGUUCAACGUUGGUCAGGGGCAGGGGACCAGGAUCGGAGCUAGAUACCUCAAUGUCAGGAAGUGAUUGUUUUGGAACUUCAGCUGUGAGACGCAGGUGUCGGCGGUUCCUGCGAUACACCCUUCCGUCGUCAGUAAUUACUUGGUAGGAACGUACACCAACUUGUUUGUCAACCGUUGCUUGUGUCCAUUGAUGCCUAUACUUGGGUGGAUGGAUACGAACGGUGCUCCCUGGUUCAAGUGGCCGGAGUUCUUUAGUGCCAUUGUUGUAAUAGAAGGCUUGUUUGUUCUUCUGAGCAUGAAGAAGCUGGGAAGUGGUGUCAAAUUCAGGUUGUGUCAGGAGUCUGCCAGCGGUAGGCAGGAGUGUUUUGGUACGGCGGCCAAAGAGACGCUGCGCUGGAGAUGUUCCUAGUCCUUCAGUGGGGGUGUUGCGGAAGUCAAGGAAUCUCAAGUAAGGGUCACUGCCAGCCUCUAAGGCCUUAAGCAUGAUUCGCUGCGCAGUCUUUACCGCGUUUUCCGCUUUGCCAUUUGACUGCGGGUAAGUGGGAGAGCUUGUAACAUGAUCAAACUCAUAUAAGUCUUUGAACUUCUUAAACUCCUGCGAGCUGAACUGGGGGCCAUUAUCGCUUACUAUCUUGUCCGGAAUUCCAUGUCUGGCCAUAUGAGGCUUGAGCUUUUCAAUUACUUCUUUCGAUGUCUUAGUAACAAGCUUGUCGACCUCAAAGAAAUUUGAGUAAUAGUCAGUAGUGACAAGGUAGUCCUGGCCCCGGAGCUCAAAGAGGUCAACGGCAAGGACUUGCCACGGUCUUGAUGGUACUGGGUGUGAGAUCAUGGGCUCCCUCUGCUGCCCUUGGUGGUAUGUAUUGCAGACUGCACACUGGGAGACAUAUUCUUCAAUCUCCUUGUACAUGCCAGGCCAGUAGAAAGCUUCCCUUGCUCGUCUCUGGCAUGCCUGUACUCCCAGAUGACUGGAGUGUAGCUUCCUUUUGAGCUCAGCUCUCAUUUGGAAUGGUAUGACAACACGGUCUCCCUUGAAAAUAACUCCGUUUUGAAGUGUGAGCUCUUCUUUGAAAGGAAAGUACUCUUGAACUUCCGUUGGGAGACGGAGCUUACUUUCUGGCCAGCCUUGUUUAAUGACGCCAGCGAGGGUCUUGAGAAUAGCAUCUUCUUGAGUAAGGUUUUGGAUUUGACAGAGGGUUUCAUCUUUCACUGGAAGAUACUGUAGCAUGUUUACUUGCUCUGCUUCUAUCUCUGUUGGCGACCUUGUUUCUGAGACUGUCAUGACGUCUUCCUGAUCCUCAGGGGCUUCUUUAAGCGACAGAUACGCACGACUCAGGGGAUCAGCCAUAAGCAGGGAGGGUCCCCUUUUGUAAGAAACUUCAAACUCGUAGCGUUGGAGUCUAAGAAGCAUGCGUUGUAGCCUUUUUGGUGCGCUUAGGAGGCUUUUCUUGAAGAUCGCUUCCAAAGGCUUGAUGUCAGAUUCAACCAGCACUUUCCUACCAUACAGGUAGGUUUCAAACUUCUCCAUUGCGAAUACUAUGGCCAAUAGCUCCUUUUCGAUUUGUGCAUACUGGACCUCUGUGGGGGUCAGGGACCUGGACGCAUAUGCGACUGGAUGUCCAUCUUGCAUUAGACAUGCUCCCAGGCCAUGCAUAGAGGCAUCGCACUGUAGUGUGGGCGUGGCACCUGGGUCGAAGUAUUUUAGGACUGGAGUUGUAGAAAGGAUCCUCUUCGUCUCUUCCAGGGCUGCACCAUGAACUUGGUCAUCCCAAAGGAACUCGUUGUCGUUCUUAGUGAGCUCACGUAGGGGAGUCGUGAUCUCUGAAAGUCUCGGGGCAAACUUCUGCAGGUAGUUAGUCAUCCCUAAGAGGCGUUGGAUGCUCUGUUUGUCAGUUGGUGUUGGCAUCUCUCUGAUUGCCUUGACUUUCUCAGGGUCAGGUUGUAGCCCGUCAGCGGAGAGCACAUGGCCCAUGUACGCGACUUCCUUGAGCCUUAGCUGCAGCUUUUCCCUGUUCAGCUUUACGCCUUUAUCUCGACAGCGUUGAAGAAGAGCAAUGAGUUUUUCAUCAUGGUCUCUUACCGCUUCAUCAUCAUCAGCUCCGCAUCCAAAUACGAGGAUGUCAUCAGCGAUCGCUUUGCAUCCGUUUAGUCCUGCUAAUGCCUGAUCCAGUCUUCGCUGGAAUUCUUCAGGGGCUGGUGAGAUGCCGAAUGGUAUUCGGAGCCAUCUGUAUCUUCCCCCCGGAGUACCAAAUGUGGUUGCAUAGCUGCUCUCCUCGUCCAAGGACACGUGCCAGAACCCAUUUUUGGCAUCUAACACAGUAAAGCACCUCGCAUUUCAGAGCUCAGGAAGGACAUCUUCGAUUGUCGGCAGCGGGUAAUGAUUGCGUUUAAGGGCUUGGUUAAGUGGUUUGGGGUCCACACACAGUCGGACAUUGCCAUUUUUCUUCAAAGUGACUACAGUUGCUGAUAUCCAGGAGGUUGGAACAUUUACUGGCGUGAUGAUGUUAAGGCCUUCCAAACGAUCCAGUUCCUCUUUUAGCUUUUCUUUAAUGGCAAUUGGCACCUUUCUUGUUGGGAGUUGAACUGGCGGUACGUUCGGGUCAAUUUCAAGGUGGAGAUCACCUUCUAACUUUCCUUCUCCCCUGAAUACAUCAGCUUGUUCUUUGAGGAUAGAUUCUGCUGUAAGUGGUGUUUUGCUCUGCGAAGGCUCUUCAGACUGAAUAGCCAUGAUGUUUUGUCGGACCACAGAGAUGAGUUGCAUUUGCUCACUGGCUCGUAAGCCAAGCAGAGGCUUGCCUUUUCCUUUUACAACUACAAAUUCCACACUGUAUUUUCUUCCAUUUCUGGGAUUCACAACUUGGACACGUUUCUUGCCAAUCGGCUUCUCCUCAGUUUUGUUGUACAUAACAAGAGUUACGUCCGCAUUGUCCAGCAGGGAUAGGCUGCCUUCACCAUAUACUUCUUUGAAAGACUCUUCAGGUAAGAUGUUCACUGUUGCACCAGUGUCCAGUUGGAAUGGGACUCUAUGACCAUUUAAUAGCAUUACCGCAAGCAGUUUGUCUUUACGAUCAGGAUUUUCCACCGCACAGACGUGCUCCUUGACAUCAACACAGGCGACAUAUUCGUCAAAGUCAGAAUCCUCCACUGCAUGUACUGGCUUGCGGACGUGUCUCGGUGUGGGAGGUUUAGAGGAUGUGGCCGAACUGGGUGGAGGCGGUUUGUUUUUGCAGGCCACCGCAAAGUGGUUUGGAAUGCAACAAUUAGAGCAAGUCUUCCCCCACGCAGGACAUUUAAGCUUGUUCCAGACAUGCGUUUUGGCGCAGAACUUGCAGCGAAUUUCUCUAGGUUUCUUUUCAUGAGACUGACUGAUGGCGCUGACUUCCUCCUGAUUAAUUUCUUUCAGUUGUUGGCUUGAGGUCUCAUAGGAUCUACAGAUAUCAAUGCAUUCCUUCAAUGUGAGUUUGGAGACUUGUAGGAGCUUCUUGCGAGCUUGAUUGUCUCUUACUCCGAUGACAAUCCUGUCUCUAAUUAGACUGUUCUCUAACACUCCGAAGUUACACGUCUUCGCCAACGUGCGCAAGGCCGUGACGUAAGCAUCCAGGGACUCGUUUGGUUCUUGGUCUCUCUUGUUAAAUCGGUAUCUCUCGUAGAUUUCGUUUGUCUCUCCGAUACAAUAACGCUGUAGCUUUUGGAGAACAAUAUCAAUGUCCUUCUUAUCGUCUUCAGUCUCGAAUUCUAAGCCUUCGUACACAUCUAGAGCAUCUGAGCCAAUACAGGUUAGCAGUGUGGCAGUUCUCAGCGAUUUAUUUACAGCAGAGUGUUCAGGGUCUUUUAGACGUGCAGCUAUUUCGUAGUUGUUCCAAUCACGGUGGAAUUUCUUCCAGUUCGUCGCCAAGUUUCCUGUGAGCUCUAACUUUGAGGGCAAUGGGGUGUUUAUCGGGAUUUGUACCAGAUUUGGUUGUGCGACGGCUUCUUGUACUUGCACAGACGCGCCGCUAUCUUCGGGUUUCGGUGGCAUACUGAGUAAUUUGAAGUUAGCUAGAUUCCUUCAGCAGAGAUUUCCUUUCGAAAACACAAAACGAUUCCAGUCACCGUUGUCUUCCGCUAUUCGUUGUGAAGAAGGUUAUGAAUGGCGAGCGCCAAACACGGCAGUAUCAGUUCGCAGAUCAGAGUUGGUCGACCACGUGCGUGCGAACAAAUCUCUCUCCAGAACACUUUCCGGUUCGCUGAGCGAUAAUCCCUCGACAGCACCAAUUGCAGAAACUAGUUUUCACUUCUGACACCAUGUAACGUAUUCGCUUAGACGGAUGACGGAACACCAGAGCACUCAAACACAACGUUUUAAUCUUGUAAGCCGAGUGUACAUCAACAAGCGAAGAGCGCGCAAAACAUGCCGGAUCCCGGAUGUAAACUAAACUGUAUAAAUUAACUUAACAUGCAUAAAUUAACAUCGUUACAACCCAGCAAAUCUGCAGGAACUGUCCUGCUGAGUGUGGUUACAAAAAAAGCUACAUUACCAUGUCAAUGCUUAGUAAUCAAAGAACAGUCCUACUUUGUACCUCAAGUAUUCACAAUCCUUAAUACUGACAUUAUUCAUUGAAAAUGUCUUUAUUUCAGUGGGCCAUUUUCAUGGGAUUUGAACAUGAAAGGUGAGCUGGCUCAACUACAUUAAAUUGUAUGACUACAUGUGCAGUGCCUUUAUUGGUUACACUGCAGAUGAGAUGUCACCAUUUGCAUGCUGUUUGAAUAAAGUCUUUGCCACUGACCUGUAAUCUUUUUUUAACAUCCUCCUCAUCAUUAUUAUUGCUAUUGCCAUCUGUAUCUUAAUCGUCACUAUCUUCCAUGUAUAACUUUGUGUCAAGUAGAUAUGGUGCACAUCUUAGAAAGUUUUUUAUUAUACACGUAAGUAACAAAGUAGCACCCAUUUUCACUUAAUAAUCAAACAAUUAUAAUCACUGUUUUCUUAGGAAAUAACAGUGGAUACAUUAUUUUGUUUUACAGGAUCCAUUUUGAAACAUCCUCUGUUCUGAUUCGUCAGAUGCCACUAGAGCUUGUCAGGAAGCCUCUUGGCUGGAAAGAUGGACCAAUAACUGCAGGUAAAACUAUUUAUUCCUACACUGUAGAUGGCACUGGUUUGUUUUUAACCCUUUAAGCCCCAAUAUCCACAUACAAAUUCUCCAAACUGAUCUCUAUACAUUUCCUUCAAGAAUAAGCUGAGAGAAUUUGAUAAAAGAUCAUGGCAUUUUCUCUUAUAAUUAGGUGAUCACUUUAUUAAUUCUCAUAACCUAAUCUAUUGACAUUGUAUGGAUAUAGUUGGGAGAAAAUUGACGGUAGACACUAUUGGGACUUAAAGGGUUAAUGCGUGCAUGUUAAUAAGCAAAGCCUGGGCCAAUUAUGAAAAGAAAAACAGUUUCCUUUAUGAAUCUCUGAUGAGUUUAACUUUCAUACCAUUUCCCAGUCUACAAUAUGUUAAAGAUGAGAUUCAGGAUGUGUUUAAAACAGUGUAGGUAAGAUUUGACAUCUGUUGAUUGAUACAGCAAUAUUAUUAUGUCAGUCUUCCAGCUAAAUAAUUAUACAGAUAAUUAUUGAUUUAUUAUUUACAUCCUGCAUUAUUAUUAUUAUUAUUAUUAUUAUUAUUAUUAUUAUCAUUAUUAUCAUGACUAUCAUUAUCAUGAUCAUCAUUAUUAAUUAUCAUUACCAUUUAAUCAUCUAUACAAUUAUGUGUAUUUGUCAUUCCUGUAUCUAGUAUGUUCCUAAAGCUGAUAAAUAAUAAACAUAACUUACUAUCUAUCCUUCUUGUAGUUAUUUUAUCCUUUUUAAAUUUGGUUCCCAACUUUUAUGCCUUAUGAUUUUCAUUCUGUAAUUGUCCUGAGGGUUUAAACUCUUAAGUGGUCAUCUCAGGUCACCUUAUGUUCAUUACCAACUGUGUAACUUCACAAUCAUACUCACACAGAGUGUAUUCACAUUCAACACUUAUAUAUAUAUUUUUUAAGCAAGAACUGGGCUAAAACAAUUGCAGAAUUCUGCACCCUUCAGACCUCCUCAUGUUAAUGUUGUCAAGGGUUUCCAUUUUUGUAAUUUGUAAAUGCCAAUAUCAGGAGAUCCGGUUUCAUCCAACCCACUGAUUGAAAUAGCCGAGCAGUCUGUGAGCCUGGGCAAGCCAGAAAACUUUCCGUCUUAUGGCUGGGACAACGAAUAUGGCCAGUGGAACGUCAAGUGAGUUUGGGUGUGACGUACAUCAUACGGUACUGCAUGUUCAAAAUCAGAUCAUAAUCCUAACAGUUCUUGUAGAACUGUACAAUUAGCAAGCAAUUCAAGUAAAGUGGCAAAGUAGCCAUGAUAUUUGAGUCUUUCUUGGGAUUCCAACCCUGGUCGACCUUUGCAGUCAGACAAAGCAAGCAAAGCAAAGUCUAAAUUACUGCAUGUCCAUGUAAAUGUCCCAGAAAGGGCGACUUUAAUCUCCAAGGCUUUUAAAGGAAAAUUAUGUUCAUGUACAGUGUACUGCUGUCAUGUAAAUGAUAAAUUUUGUGAUUGGUGCCAAAGCUUGGCUGAUACAGUCCUCGUGACAAAACUUGUCAUGUCAGCUUAACAAAAAUAAUUUGUGAUGAUGUGGAGGAAACUGGUUUAAAUUUGGAUCUGGUGGUCCAAAAUUAAAAUCUUUUAACAGUGUGAUCACCUCGUCUUCCUCCACCAAAGUUUACCUGUACUACAUGGGAUUAAUUAUUGCUCGGAGUAUGGCCCCGCCCGUGAUGGAAUUGCCAUCCUAUCCAUAAUGAAGUACUUGAAAACUUUAUGGUACCUCUUUACAGUUGUUGGCCUGAUAAAAACAUCAACAAUGAAUAUUUAACUCUUCUUCUUAAUUGGCUCGCACAUUUUAGAGGAUGUCCAAAUGGUUACGCCAAACACGCAUUGAAGUCUUUUUAAAGCUAACCUCUGUUCGUUAUGAAAGGUCAAAAAAAAAGUUUUCUUGGUCUCAACUACCUUGGUAAUCAUUAAGUAAUUUCGCUUGAAAAGUUAGAAAAAUAACUCUAAUUAACUCUAAUUAAUUGGAAGAAAUCAUUGCACCUCAUGCACAAAAUCUAAAAUGUACAGUUGAUUUAGUUUCAACAUGUAUGAAAAAAAAUCUGUUUGUAAAGUGGCAAAGUAGCCAUAUGAUAUUUGAGUCUUUCUUGGGAUUCCAACCCUGGUCAACCUUUGCAGUCAGACAGAGCAAGCAAAGCAAAGUCUAAAUUACUGCAUGUCCAUGUAAAUGUCCCAGAAAGGAUGACUUUAAUCUCCGACACUUGUAAAGGAAAAUUACGUACAUGUACAGUGUACUGCUGUCAUGUAAAUAAUAAAUUUUGUGAUUGGUGCCAAAGCUUGGCUGAUACAAUCUUCAUGACAAAACUUGCAGGUACAGAAAACCAAAGUACACAAAUUAAACCUGUAACUAAGAAAUGAUUACAUGCGUGCACCACACUGGAUUAUAAAAUAUAUACGCACAUUAACACACUGAUCAUAACACGUAAAUUCCUUGGCUAGUAAGCAAAAAACAAUUUGGAGGAAUGAUCUAAACUAGUAGAGAUGAAAUAAUUAUUGAUCCAAAAUUCCCUUUGCAUUCAGUGGAACUUUUGUUAUGCAAUGCAGCAUGAAUUAUUUACUGUAUGAAAAUGAAGUUCUCUUUUGAUAUUUUUUUUGACAUGUAGCGAUUGCAUGAAGCCUUUGACAUUGUGUACAUGUAUGAGACAUAUUUCGUCUGGUUCUUUGCAGGGUUCCUUCAUUCAAGGCUUCAAAGUACUUGAUUACUAACCGCGAGUACUUGGAGUUUGUGAACAGCGGAGAGUAUGAAAAUUCCAAGAAUUGGACUGAAGAAGGUAAGAAUCACUUUCCGCAGCGGGAUUCACUCAGUCGGUAAAGGGAUUGGCUGCAGAGCGGGUGGUCGUGGGUUCCAUUCUCGGGUUGUCCUUGUACGGGAGUCGGGAUUUCCAGAAUCUGGGAAAUGUUUGCUUAUGGAAUCCAGAAUCCGGGGAAAUUUUGCUUGUGAAAUCCAGAAUCCUGGGCUUUGGAGUUCGGAAUACAGCUUAAGAAAUCCGGAGUCCCACUAACAAUUGUAAUCCAGAUUCCAAGUUCCACUGAUAAAGACUGGAAUCCAGUACCUGGAAUCCAGAACCCAAGACUGUUUUGGAUCCCCUUGAUCGAGAUUCAACUUAAACGUUUUUGCGCGACCUUUCAUACAUUGCCUCUAUUUUAUUUGCGAACAUACGUUUUACGCACGUACGCACUUAAAAAUUACGCGACAGUGGAAAUCCACAAUCCACCCCAAGGCGUGCUCAAAGUUGGCGAAUCCCGCUUUCCGGGUAGCAAUCAAAUCUCGUAUCCCGUAACGUUUCUCGACUUUCUGUACCGUAUGUUGGUCAAAUCCCGGAUCACGGGAAUACCCUUCCAGACCUGGUCAGAAGCUUUGUCCAAAACAUUUUACCCCCCUAUAGGCGGAAAUAUUUUUGGUCGCUCGUACCUAGUUCCCGCAAAGGCAUGAACGGUGAAAAAGUACGCUUCCCAUCUGCUUGUUGUAGUUUAAUUUACUAUGCUAUCAGGGUUCUAUCUAGUGUAUAUGAAGGGUAGAAGCUUCUCCCCCCCCCACAAAAAAUAUUAUCAUUACAGUAUAUAAGUAACUAUAUCGGAAAAAUCGUCCAAACGCGACGAAGUCAGUCCACACACUGUAACAUUUCUCAAAAUUGUGUCUCAAAAUGCACCAGAUUGCACCUCAGCGCAUAUUCAUUUCAAAACAUUUCCGGGGAAAAUGCCCCCGGCCCUCCUGGGAUUUCUCCCCUAAACGAUAACUCCUGCAUAGAACCCUGGCUAUCUCUUAUUCCUCGCGUCCGAGCCCGUGGUAGAAGGUCUCCAACCCACAUCUUUUUGUCCUUCCAAGGUUGGCGGUGGAAACAGUUCCGUCAGAUUCACCAUCCAAGUUUCUGGGUCUGCAGCAAUCAAUGCAAGUCCGGCUGCGGCUCGGACUUGACAACUUACUCCCAUUGCAACCUGGGAUUGACAGAUGUCAAUCAUAAUCCGUUGCUGGGAAACGGAGCUCUAAAUGGAGUUUCAAAUGGCUCCAUAAACGGCGACCAUCAUGAUGGGUUUGCCAAUGGUGUCCUGAAUGGACAUGGAAAUGGAACAGUCAAUGGCGCCAUGAAUGGGACUUAUGUGAAUGGUUCGCCUGAUGGCCAUGUCGUGAACGGUGACCACGAUGAGUUGGAAUGUCCCUACAGGUGAGUUUUGUUUUUCUAAAUAUAGCAGUACGCAUAUUCGUGUACUCAAAUCUGAAAAUUCUUUAAAAAGCUAUUUCUACUUGUUUAUCUAGGCGAUUUUUUGAAAAUGAACCCAACGAAAUUUGCAGUUGAAGUAUAAUAGGCAGGUAUUUUGGCUCAUCCUCGGUGUAAGAACCUGUUAAACUCACAACUGACGUAAAACAGAGGAAACAAAGAAGUCAACACUAUAGAACCUAGAAAAACAAAAGGUGCGAAACAAAGAAAACGUUCACAGGUUCUUACACCGAGGUAAACCCGGUAGUUUGCGCCCUAUAAGCUUGAAAGUUAUACCAGCAAAGGAAAAGGAAAAGAGAAAAAGAAAGAGCGAGGAGGAAGAAAGGUCUUAAGAGGAGAAGAGAAAAAAGCAAUGGUUGCACUUUUAGUUUUUAUGAUGGCUACUUUGACAACAAAAAAACUGUUCGACGGAAGAGGUCAAUUUGGCGGGAACGUUUUCAAAAAUUCAGCUUAAUAUAAAAAAAUGCUGAUAAAAAGGUUAAAUUUAAACAAUCACACGCUAGGAUCUGGUCCACAGAGGAAUUAAAGCUGACCUAAAUCUCUCCAUAGCUACUUUGAAAUCAAAAAGGUUGAUCAGUUCUUGCCCUUGUCCAUCCACACAGGUACCGUGCCAUGUUUGAAGUAAUAGACAUGCCUAUGGAUUGGCCUGCUGAAGUGAACUAUCACGAGGCCAAAGCUUACUGUACCUGGAAGGGUGCAGAAUUCCGUCUGCCUACAGAGGCCGAGCAUCAUGUUAUACGGGGACCUCAGGUACAGGACAAAGCAAUUGAGUCUUCUACAUGCAAUCUGUCCCAUGACCUUUACGAUUGAUUUCACAGAAACAAGUCGAUUGUCGUUAUUACAUAGAAUAGUUGAUGUUGGUGCAAUUAACAAAUGGACACAAAUUUUCCUCAACAGGAAUCUCCUUUAGUUGGAACCUCGUGUGAAAUUAUAUACCAGGAUAAAAUAGAAGCCAACAUCAACAUGGCAUAUGGUUCUUCAACUGUGAGUUGUUCACCUUUCUUUUUCCUUCAAACAGUACUGCCGUCUCCGUUGUCAUCAUAAUCCCCAUCAUCAACUUCAUCAUCGUCGUCAUCAUCAUCAUCAUAUACAUUCCCCAAAAGUAAUGAUAGCAACAUUUCAGGUUAAAACACCGUAGUUUUCAAUUGUAUUUUUGUCCUUAGUAUUGUUAGGCCGUUUUUUACAUGAGGAAACUUUCAAAGUUUGAUUUUAGGUGACGCGACACGAGGAAACAUCUCUUUUUCAAAAACGUAGUGUUCCGCGCGUUUUUGCUUUUUGUUCCUUUAAUUGCUUUAGGAACAACCUAGGAACGCACAAUAAAGGAACUUUAUUUGCAGAAUAGGAACAAAGGUCGGCAAAUUUCGGAACAAUCUGGUCCGUUAGCAGCAAAUUGGAACACAAAGUUCCUUUUCGUUUUAGUCAAAAGGAACAACUGAUUCCUCUUUUAUCCUUUCAGGAACAAAAAGGUCUUCUUUCAACAGUUCCGAUUUCCCUUCAUGUUCCUUUCGAAGGGAUUGGGGAACAAAUGUUCCCAAUCUAAUUUCUUGCUCUACACAGUAAGGAACAAAUUGUUCCUAUUUACUGGCAUAUCCACCGCUGUUCGGAACGCCUUGUUCCCUUUCGGUUCAAAUUGUUCCUAUUCAUGCCCAACAGGAACGGGAUUGUUCCUAAUCGAGGUGGUUUUUUGUUCCUCAAGAUGAGUGUUAUGUUCCGCUUAUAAAUGGGAACAGGUUCCGAAUUUGUGACAAAGGAACUAGUGUUCCAUUUUGCGCAAAGUGUAAAAAGGAAUAGGGAACAAUAGUUCCUAUUUAUCGUAGGCUAUCUGAAACUACUGUCCAUCACCUCCGCUAUACAAAUUUAUCAAAACAUGUUUCCGUCAACAAUCAAGUUAAGUACGAGACUUGCCCGCUGCAUGCUUAAUCUCGUUUGGGCUUGCCCGCGCAAGUUCAGGCUUGUGUCUUUGUUCCUUUUGAUUAAUUGUGUACCAAAUACGGACAAGAAAACAAUGGGACAAGGGGCAAGAAUGACCAAGUGUGGGCAGAGAUGGGCUAACAAAUAUCUCAUUGGCGAACAGGAUGAUCUCUUGGGGACCCUUUUGCUAGUAUAAAAACAUGCAUACUUUAGAAAAAUAUCGAUUUCAAGCUAAUGCUUAAGAUGAACAAACGAGGCAAGGAUGUCGACUGGUCAAAGUUAGCAAAUGCAUCGCCUAAACCAAAGAGACUUCACUUAGAAGAGGAUGACUGUGAUGGUCUUUGUCACUGCCCAGUGCAAAUUUGUAACCACGAUGGAUUCACUACGCAAAGAGGCUGUAAAAAACACGUAAAGAGCAAGCACAGUUGGUACUAUUACUUCGAGGAGAAGCCAGACAGUGCGCAAAUCGAUACGCUUAAUGUCGAUGAAACCGACAAAUGUGAAGCCAGUGAUCAGAAGAUUACGCCGCGUAAAAGCAGGGCAAUUGCCUCUUUUGAUUCUACGAACAAAAUUGCCAAGAACUUUUUUUCGUGGCUCACUGGCAGCGGUGGGGGCUGUAAAAGUGAUCGACAAGCACAACAGAUCGUGAGCAAGUGCUUAAAGUUUCUCAAAUUUUGUUGUGAAGACGAAGAGGAGCUCACAUUUGACAUUGUGGACUUUAGUUUAUGUUCACCGAAUCUCCUUUUCAAGUUUGUUGAUACCAUGCAGGAUGACUGGAAUCUGGGACACGCGGGACGCAUAGGCUACUUGGAUGCCAUUGCCAUUGGUGGAUUAUCGAAAAGUGAAUGGAGCAUCGGAAUCAGUGUUGAGAGGGCUGGCUUCAACAGAAAUUUACUUGAAAAAGGUGCGCAAAACCGUUUCCAAAAUGAUGCGCUUGCAGUGGACCAGCGAGCUCGACAUCGAUGCCUUAGAAGCCAAGGGGCACUGGGCCACACUAGAAGAACUGUUGGAAGUCGUGGGGCGCUACUUGCCGCGCUACGAGAGCGUACUGAAAUCAUGCAAGGAGAAACCAGGUGCUGUUUUGCCAAUAGAUUUAUCUUUUGCUACCAAAUUUUUGGCCGUCUAUUUAUUUAUCAAGGUCAAGGGCUCGCGCCCCAUGACAUAUCAGUACUUAACAGUGGAAAUGGUGAACAAAGCCAAGACUAACGGUGGAUUUAUAGACCAGAAAAUGUUCAAAACGGCUGGAAAAUUUGGCUUCGAUUCUCUUUACCUGACCGAGACGAGCAUGCAAGUGUUGGAUGGCUACAUCAACCACAUUCGCCCCCUACUCAGACCGACCUGCGACUUUGUAUUGGUGACAAGAAAUGGAGGGCAGCACAACAAGCUGGGAGAGCUAAUGAGUAAACUGGUCUUCGAUGCAACGGGCAAAUACGUUCACCCGACUCGCUAUCGACAGAUUGUGGAGACCGCGAGUUGCAGGCAGCUGAGCAGCAGCGCGCAGAGCACAAUCUCCGAGGACCAGAAACAUAGCUCUGUUGUUGCAAGGGUUCACUAUCAGAAGCAGCGAUCCCGCGAGGUGGCGAGCAAAGCACAUGAAUAUUUGGAACGAUUGCACGGGAAAAAGGGAUCAGAGCUAGAAAUAGACGUGCGCUCGAGGCUUUCAGGCAAUUCUGCGUCAUCUGAAGAUCAAAACGGUAGCAAAACCGAUACUUCCUCUAACGACGAGGGAGAAAUGAUCGCAGAAACACCACCCGAGCGUCUUUCGGGUGUCCCGAGACUAAAGCGGGAAAAUGCGUUUAUAGCGACAGAUUUCCCCGCGAGGAAAAAGAGUCUGAUGUUCACCCCUGAAGAAGACAAUUAUCUGAAAGCAGGCAUCGAGAGACACGGCUACGGUCAAUGGAAAGCGAUUCUCAGGGAUCCCGAAUUUCGUUUUCAAGAGGGAAGGACAGCCAACUCCCUGCUGAGCCGCGCAGCGCGAAGAUUCGGAUCACUUUCUAAGUUAUCCUAGAACUGUACAUUAACCCCAGAAUGAAAAGAUAUCCUUGAAAUGUAAAUAACGACAAAGGCAAUCAGCAAUAUGGUUCAGUACAUGACAAGCAACAUUUUAUUGUUGUUGUAAGAAGAAAUAAAUUACUGUUGACUUGAGAAAUACAUGUUUAUUUUGUUGCUUUGGCAAUGUUUUUUCGUAACUCGCUGGCUUGAGGAGGAACGCUUGCGCUUACUGGCUUCCGUGGUUGUGGUUCGGUCUGAACGCGCACUCGGAGUGCUUGAGCUUGGAACAGGUGUCACGAAGAUACUCAGGUCUUCUUGUUGUUGUUGUUCUUCGGCAUCAACACCGUCACCGUCCUGAUUGGCAAGUGGCAGUCUCUCCGCUACACUCGUGACCAGGUACUGUUGGCGCUGGUCCAGAAGGCUGAGAAGCGUGCACACCCUCCUCCGUUCCGCCACAGCCUCGGCAGUUCCAAACGUUCCCAGAGAAACGUGAUGGUCCCUGAGUUUGCCUGUCAAUUGCUUUAUGUAGGCCUUCAACGUGGAACGCUCCGACGAGUCGUCACUAGCCUGGUACCGUUCACAGCAUCGCUUUAAAUCCUUCUCGGUGGAUCUCAACCAAGUUCCCUGAAACGCUUCUCUGGCAGCCUCUCGACGAGCCUGUUCUUCGGCUGCUACCCGUGCUUGGUCAUACCGCUCUAGAUCCCUCGCAAUUGGACUGGGAGUGGGAUCGUCGAGGUCGUCGGGUAACAGGCUCAAGUUCGCGUUUGAUACGCCCCUGGAGCGAAGGAAGUCCUCCCUCUUUCUGCGUCGUUCCGCUCGUGACCUUUCUUCUUCCCUUUUUUUGUGCUCCUCGGUCCUCAGCAUCUGCGCGAGCUGUCUGUGGCGCAGGCAACCCGGCUGUGUCUUCUCAAGGAGAUCUCGUAAAUGCGCCGUACGAUCUGCCUGUGAGGAUGAAGACGAAACUGAAUCGCCGUCGCUCUCGUCCUCUGGAUUUUCUUCGUCUGACGUGUCGACCGCUGGUAUCUCUUUGGCCAAAAGCACCGGCAGUGACAUUGACUGAAUCUCUGCCUUCUCUUCUUCGCGCAGCACACCUUCCUUCCUUUUGCGCUGCCCAUAGGACGCAAUCCAUGGGAUGCGUUCUCAUCCAGUUGGACGCCUUCUUUUUUGGCCGGGGCAGGCUUCUGAAGGUGUAGGUUCCUAACCUCCUCUCCAUGGCAGGCUGAUCGGCGGGACCGAACUCAAGCUUCCUUUGUGAGGUGAUCAGCAUGGGGCAGCGGUUGAUGAAUGCCCGGGCACUUUGAUAUUUCACGUCGUGAGCGGCAUACCCACCCUGAGUCAGGAUCCUCCAAUCGUCAAUAUCAAGCGUGCAUUCGGUGGCUUCGUCGAUGAAUAUCACUUCAGUGAAGGGCGUUAUCAUUGAUUUAUUGAACGCUUUCUGCUUUGUCACCGUGGCCACGUUGCCGUGAUGGAUGAGGCCUAGAAUGGGCAUGAACAAACUCGUCUUUCCACUGUUGGCAUCGCCUACCAAACACGGCACCUUGUCUUUGUGCUGUUUUUUAUUGUAGAGAAGCAGCUUUAGGAAAUCGUCACAGAACUUCGCCAACUCCUGCGGGCUUAGGCUGUUCCCUAAGACUUCUCGAAAGUACUUUGGAUCAGGAUCUCUUGCAGAGUCGAAGGAACAGAAUGCUCUCGGCGAGAUCUUUCCCACCUGUUGCUCCUCAAUGGCAUCUUCAGCAAAGUCCCGCCGGCUGAUGGACCAACAGCGGCCGUCUUUUACCUCGACGAGGUCGUAGUUGAUUGUUAACGGCGAAAAAAGUUCGCAGAAUGGAUCGGAUAACAGGUCGAUCACUCUCUUCAUCUCGCGAAGAAGUCUUGACUUGAAGAACUCGUUGGUGGCGAGGGUGUUGACGAAAGCUCUUGCCUCGCAUUUAUACGAAUACGUGUAUCUGGCUUGGUCAUUCUUCUUAUAGACUUUGCCCCGGUAGCUUGCAUAGCCCAGUUUUCCUAUGGCGAUCGCCAUAUCGUUAACGAGGAUUGCAGCACAGCACAGGACAGCAUCUUAUCCUCAACGCACGUCAUGGAUAGCUGACUGGUGGAAGCUUGAGACGUUUUCGUGCUGGACUCAAAGCCAAAUUUGUCUAAUUGUAGCUUAGCUGCGGUCAGAAGUUCGACUGCACUCAGUAAGGACGUGUGAAAUUUCGGGUUAACCAGGGUCACUCUCACCACAUUUUCAGUUCCACACUCGUCCAACUCCUGGGUACAUAAGCCAUCAUUGCCGAUCACCUUUCUCGCUUCGUCUAGGUAACAGUGUUUGAAGGACGAGCUAACGAGGUCUUGCAUAAAAGGAUUUUUGUGAUCUUUCAACACUUUGUAAAGUUCUGCUGUGGCUGGGGAUUCUUUUCCCUCUUGAAACUGCACCUAAAUGAUAUAAAAUUGAAGCAUUUUACCUAACACGGUUCUACGUUUCCUCUUUCUUCACUGAGUGACUGCUUGUAUCGUUUAUUAUUGUCAUUAUUAUCAUCAUUACUAUUAUUAACAACGAAUUCGGGGUGCACCAAAACCUAUGUGCGAUUGUCCGGGACAGGUAGAAAUUCAGUUUGCACAUGUAAACCUUUGACAUGACUUGUCCGUGGGACAAGCACUUUUUCAAUUAGAAAAAAAAACGGAAACAAUUGAAAACUGAGUUCAAAUUACGGUAGAAUUACUUCUGUUACGACAAAAAUCAUUCCGAAAUAAAAAAUUCAAGUUGAUAAUGGCAGUGUCACAAGAAAAAAGUACAGUCGUUGUUGUUAGGUUUUCUUUCAAAGAAACCGAGAAGAGAAAAAAUCUUAAAACAGGGUACUGUUUUGCCAAUAGAUUUAUCUUUUGCCAUUAGCAAAGAAAUAAAUGAAUCAAGACGUGCUGAAUACUUUGUUCACGGCUAAGGGAAUGCUUGGGUUAUGAAAAUGUAAGAAAAUAAUUUAAUUACCUGUGUUGCUGUGACUUCCAGUCCUGAAUUCAACAGGGCUUUAUGCACAGGAAUUGGGCUGGCGGGCGCACCGUUUACUGUCGUCAACGCGACCCAGUAAGCAAUCGCCGGGCAGAGUGAUUUGUUUACGUUCGUUAAAUUGCCUUUGAGCCAUUGUUGAGAAAACGAGCUGGGAAUCUCAUCUUCAGAACUACUCUCCUCGUCUGUGUUCUCAUUGAUACUGCCUUUUUUUUUCUCUUGGCUGGCUAUAGCACUAAAGAAAAAUGCCAUGUUGUGGAUACCUGCAGUAUUAGAAAGAUAAAAAUGCGUCAAACUUUUGCACUAAAAUGUUCUUUAAAAUCGCAUCUGAAACCGGCGUAUUGCAAAAAUACUAACCUGGUAUUGCACGAUCGCACACAUCUCGCUUUCCACAAACUGUUGCCCAGGCCUUUGGCAAGGCCUUAUCCUUUACUUUACAAACACAUUUAGCGCUGAUAAUACUACACCUUCCACUUAUCACCGGCGUUAGGUAGCACAAGGCCGUGCUCUUAAUGCCCUCGCUGUUGAGCUGUCGACAUGGCUGUCUUGUUCGCUGCAUUCUUCGUUCGUGGCACAAAUGUUGUGGCAUGGGUGCGGUGUUUAUAUAGUGGAUAAGCGCUGUAAAAUUUUGACGAAUAAAUUUGAAAGUUUAGCCUUUUGUUGGCUCUGUUUUCGAUGUGCUGAUGAAUAACUAUGAAAGAUGAUUCAUUAGUUUGUUUGUCAUGUUUUGAAGUCAAAUAUGUUGACGAGGACGUGUCGAAGAUUAUGUAACUAUCAAAUGAGCGUCAGAAAG